CAUAUAGAAUAUCAAUGAAUGAUAAUUCAGAAGGACGAGCCGACAUAGAAAUCUAUGUCGAUGGUGCCAAAACAGAUAGUGGUUCAGGAGCUGGCAUCUACUCCGAACAACUGAACGCACAAAUCAGUGUACCUCUCGGCACCCACACGUCUGUCUUACAAACAGAACUGAUGGGAAUAAUGCUGGGAGCUAGAAUCAUUGCUGAACGUGAAAUCGGCAACAAAUCAAUACGCAUACUUACUGACAGCAAGUCUGCACUACUAGCCCUGGACAGCUGUAUGGUUCGAUCCGGGCUGGUUUGGGAGUGCAGACAAACGCUAAAGUAUGUAACGCAGAGGAAUAGUGUGGAACUUUGUUGGAUCAAAGGACACAGUGGCAACGAAGGAAACGAGAGGGCAGAUGAGAUGGCGAAGCGAGCCGCGCGCAUGCCCUUCUGGGGACCCGAACCGGCAAUCACGCCUUCGGUCGCCCUCUCGAACGAACUCGUAAAGCAAUAUACCCAGAGACGCCAUGAGCAGAUAUGGGUGAAAUUGAGCAGCUGUCGGCAUAGUAGAGCUUGGACAAACUGCGUAAACUGGUAGGAUUCCUUACGGGACAUUACCAGUUUAACAAACAUCUACAUACGAUAGGGGUGGUAACAGACCCAAUCUGUCGUGGAUGCAAUGAAGAAGAGGAAACAGCUGAGCACAUUCUUCGUGAGUGUCCAGCCCUAGCCUCCUACAGGGAAUCCAUACUAGGGGACAUCUGGCCUAGUAUGGCAAAUAUCAGGGAGUUUCCACCCUCUGCAUUACUCAAGUACAUUCAAGCAGUUGGGUGGCUUGACGAGUAGAGGAGCGGGAAAACACCCUGAUAUGGACUUGGGGAAGGUACAAUGGGCCCAAAGGCGAGGCCUAAGUGCCGGCUGGCUACGGUCAGCCCCCAUAAUUUAA